UUGAUACUUUAAUGCGUAAAAACAGUAAAACCGGUUUUGUUUGGCCACAUUUUUUUUUUUACUUUGAAAGUGUUGGCAGGAAUAAUCUGUUGUUUUUACCGACUCUGACGCGGUAUCACUCGGUGCGGCUCAGUCAGUGCAGAGAUGUCGGCGUUGCUUGCACUCGUAGCAGGAGCAGUCUCCCUCUAUGUGAUAGUGUACUACGGUGUGUUCGGCGGACCGAGGUGUUCAAGUGCAGUGAAGCUGAAGGGAAAGACAGCCAUUGUUACAGGAAGCAACACUGGCAUUGGCAAGGCGACAGCUCUGGAUCUGGCAAAGAGAGGAGCCAGGGUGAUCCUGGCCUGCCGCAACAAAGAGAAAGCUGAGGCUGCUGUUUUUGACAUUCGCAGAGAGAGUGGGAACAAUCAGGUGAUGUUUAUGCUGUUGGAUUUGGGAAGUUUCAAGUCUGUACGCAGCUUCGCUGAGAACUUCCUGAAGUCUGAGCCCAGACUUGACAUUCUCAUCAACAAUGCAGGUAUAAUGGGUCCAGGACAUACUGAUGAUGGUUUCGUCAUGGCCUUUGGGGUAAACCAUCUGGGUCAUUUCCUGCUCACCAACCUUCUCCUGGAGCGCCUUCAGCAGUGUGGUCCUAGCCGUGUGGUCACUGUGGCUGCACUCCUGCACCGCUUUGGCAGCACUGACUUACCUCCACUGGCUUCCAGGAACAAACUAGUGUCUGGUCGGUCUACCUGGCACAACUUCCGAGCCUACUGCAGCAGCAAGUUGUGUAAUGUGCUCUUUGCCAGGGAGCUGGCUAACAGGCUGGAGGGCACCAAUGUGACCAGCUAUAGCCUCCACCCAGGAGUCGUCUACACAGAACUGUGUCGCAGUAUGAGCCCGUGGCAACAGCUCCUCAUGACACCCUUUGCCAAGCUUUUCUUCCUUGCCCCUGAAGGAGGGUCCCAGACCACCCUGUACUGUGCCCUGCAGGAGGGCAUCGAGCCUCUCAGCGGACGCUACUUUUCUAACUGUGCACUGCAACAACUGGGAGCCAUAGGGCGAGAUGACGCCCUAGCAAAGAAGUUGUGGGAAUUGAGUGAGAGGUUAACCAGCAUAUCAUAAGAGAAUGAAUCCUGAUUCAGGAGCUCUGAGGAUGGUGUGAAAGCUCUGUGCCUUAUCAGAGACAUUAACUGGUCUCAAGUCUUCACUUCUUAUUGUUGGUUUCUUUUGGUAUUGUACAUGUAUGACGAAGCAGAUCCUUUGCAUUAAGCAGUGCAAUGUUUUACUUUUUAUAUCUGCUUACACUUUUACUAAUGUUUAUCUACAUGGAGGGGUCGUGCAUUUGCACUUGUUGUGAAAUGACAUUUUUGGAGAAAGAUACUUGAUUAGGUUUGCUGCUCGGAUGUGACGCAGCCCAACCCAUCAAACACCUACCAAAUGUUGAGAUAUUAAAACAGAUGAUAAAACACAAUGACAAAAACAGGGAAAAGCCAAUGCAGAAACAGCUUAACUUGCAAAGUAUAUAUAGACAUAAAAGGGUUCAACUCUGUGAUUGCUAUGUAUAUAUGUUCACACUGUACACUGUACAUGACUGCACUCCCAGACAUCAGGAGAACACUAUUUUGAAGUAUGUGGACGACAACACCAUUAUUGGCCACAUUAUAAAAAAAUAGCGUUAAUUUUGGGAAGAACUCAGCAAUCUCGCAAAGUGGUGGACAGAGAACAAUCUACUGCUCAAUGUCAGCAAAGCCAAGGAACUGAUUGUUAAUUUUAGGAAGAAGGAGGCAAAGACACACUUAUCUGUCUACAUUAGUGGAGCUGAGGUGGAACAGGGGAACAGUUAUAGGUUUCCUUGGAAUUAUCUGGUCAAGCUUUUCAGAGCAGCAAUAGAGAGCAUCCUGACUAGAAACAUCCCAAAUGGCAUGGUUUGUGCACGACCUAGGACAGGAAGGCCCUGCAGUGGGUGAUUAAAACUGCCCAGCACAUCAUGAGUACCCAUCUACAGAGCUUAAGUGAUAUCAGUUACGUGAGGUGUCUGCACAGAGCCCAAAGAUACUAAAAAGCAGCACCCACCCAGCCGCAGUCUGUUCACUCUGCCGCCUUCUGGUAAAAGUUAUGGAAGUAUCUGCUGCCAUACCAGCAGACUAUGGAGCAGCUUGGUUCCCCAGGCUUUGAUACUCCUCAGUUCAUUAUCAAGACUCCAUUGUGUAAAAAAGAUGUAGCAGGACAAAAAAGGACUCUUUUUUUUUUUUUUUUUUUCAUUUUUUAAAAACCCUUUUUUAAACCCUUUUAAAAAAUGACAUUAAAUUUACCUUGUACCAUCA